UCCCUUCCCUGGCCCGCCCUCUCCUCUUCCACCUGUCCUUCCUCCCCACUCCGGGGAGCCCCCGUUUUGGAUUAGUUGGGGGCCACUGCCGGAGGCGGGGGAGGGGGCCCCGUGGACUGCCCUCUCCCCCCCGCCCCCGGCCACACCACCACCCAGCGCCAGAGCAUCUCCCCGUUGUCUUUCUCGGGCCUCGAGGGAGCCCAGCCCUCCGUCCCACCAGGAUCCGUGGCGAGUGGGGGCCGCGGCAGCUGCGUCCCCAUGAGGAGGGGAGGAAGAUGCCGGCUGAGCUGCUGCUGCUGCUGAUUGUUGCCUUCGCCAGCCCCAGCUGCCAGGUGCUCUCAUCACUGCGCAUGGCUGCAAUCCUGGAUGACCAGACAGUGUGUGGCCGCGGCGAACGUCUGGCCCUGGCUCUGGCCCGGGAGCAGAUCAACGGGAUCAUCGAAGUCCCAGCCAAGGCCCGGGUGGAAGUAGACAUCUUUGAGCUUCAGCGGGACAGCCAGUACGAGACCACGGACACCAUGUGUCAGAUCCUGCCCAAGGGGGUCGUGUCCGUCCUGGGGCCCUCGUCCAGCCCUGCGUCUGCCUCCACCGUGAGCCAUAUCUGUGGAGAGAAGGAGAUCCCCCACAUCAAGGUGGGUCCCGAGGAGACACCCCGCCUGCAGUACCUGCGCUUCGCGUCCGUCAGCCUGUACCCCAGUAACGAGGACGUCAGCCUGGCCGUCUCCCGAAUCCUCAAGUCCUUCAACUACCCCUCGGCCAGCCUCAUCUGCGCCAAGGCCGAGUGCCUCUUGCGGUUGGAGGAGCUAGUGCGUGGCUUCCUCAUCUCCAAGGAGACGCUGUCAGUGAGGAUGCUGGAUGACAGCCGGGACCCCACACCGCUGCUCAAGGAGAUCCGCGAUGACAAGGUGUCCACCAUCAUCAUUGAUGCCAAUGCGUCCAUCUCCCACCUCAUCCUCCGUAAAGCUUCAGAGCUGGGAAUGACCUCAGCGUUUUACAAAUACAUCCUCACCACCAUGGACUUCCCCAUCCUGCACCUGGACGGGAUCGUGGAGGACACCUCCAACAUCCUGGGCUUCUCCAUGUUUAACACCUCACAUCCCUUCUACCCCGAGUUUGUGCGCAGCCUCAACAUGUCCUGGAGGGAGAACUGUGAAGCCAGCACCUAUCCAGGUCCCGCGCUGUCGGCGGCCCUGAUGUUUGACGCCGUGCACGUGGUGGUGAGUGCCGUCCGGGAGCUGAACCGCAGCCAAGAGAUCGGUGUGAAGCCGCUGGCCUGUACGUCGGCCAAUAUUUGGCCCCAUGGGACCAGCCUCAUGAACUACCUGCGCAUGGUAGAGUAUGACGGGCUGACCGGGCGGGUCGAGUUCAACAGCAAAGGGCAGAGGACCAACUACACCCUGCGCAUCCUGGAGAAGUCCCGGCAAGGCCACCGUGAGAUCGGGGUAUGGUACUCUAACCGGACCCUGGCCAUGAACGCCACCACCCUGGACAUCAACCUGUCGCAGACACUGGCCAACAAGACACUGGUGGUCACGACCAUUCUGGAGAACCCGUACGUCAUGCGGCGGCCAAACUUCCAGGCCCUGUCCGGGAACGAGCGCUUCGAGGGCUUCUGCGUGGACAUGCUGCGGGAGCUGGCUGAGCUGCUGCGCUUCCGCUACCGCCUACGGCUGGUGGAAGACGGGCUGUACGGGGCGCCAGAGCCCAACGGCUCCUGGACGGGCAUGGUCGGCGAGCUCAUCAACCGGCAGAAGGCAGACCUGGCUGUGGCCGCAUUCACCAUCACAGCCGAGCGGGAGAAGGUCAUCGACUUCUCCAAACCCUUCAUGACCCUGGGGAUCAGCAUCCUCUACCGAGUGCACAUGGGCCGCAAGCCUGGCUACUUCUCCUUCCUGGACCCCUUCUCCCCUGCCGUGUGGCUCUUCAUGCUUCUCGCCUACCUGGCCGUCAGCUGCGUCCUGUUCCUGGCCGCCAGGCUGAGCCCCUACGAGUGGUAUAACCCACACCCGUGCCUGCGGGCACGCCCCCACAUCCUGGAGAACCAGUACACGUUGGGCAACAGCCUCUGGUUCCCUGUAGGGGGCUUCAUGCAACAAGGCUCGGAGAUCAUGCCCCGGGCGCUGUCCACACGCUGCGUCAGCGGAGUCUGGUGGGCCUUCACCUUGAUCAUCAUCUCUUCCUACACGGCCAACCUGGCUGCCUUCCUCACCGUGCAGCGCAUGGAGGUGCCCGUGGAGUCAGCUGAUGACCUGGCAGACCAGACCAACAUUGAGUAUGGCACCAUCCAUGCUGGCUCCACCAUGACCUUCUUUCAGAACUCACGGUACCAGACGUACCAGCGUAUGUGGAACUACAUGCAGUCGAAGCAGCCCAGUGUGUUUGUCAAGAGCACGGAAGAAGGCAUCGCGCGUGUUCUCAACUCCCGCUACGCCUUCCUGCUCGAGUCCACCAUGAACGAGUACCACCGGCGUCUCAACUGCAACCUCACCCAGAUCGGGGGCCUCCUCGACACCAAGGGCUACGGCAUCGGCAUGCCACUGGGCUCCCCGUUCCGGGAUGAGAUCACCCUGGCCAUCCUGCAGCUUCAGGAGAACAACCGGCUGGAGAUCCUGAAGCGCAAGUGGUGGGAGGGGGGCCGGUGCCCCAAGGAGGAGGAUCAUCGAGCUAAAGGUCUGGGCAUGGAGAACAUUGGUGGCAUUUUUGUCGUGCUCAUCUGUGGCCUCAUCAUUGCCGUCUUCGUGGCGGUCAUGGAAUUCAUAUGGUCCACACGGAGGUCGGCAGAGUCCGAAGAGGUGUCGGUGUGCCAGGAGAUGCUGCAGGAGCUGCGGCACGCGGUGUCCUGCCGCAAGACGUCGCGUUCCCGCCGGCGCCGGCGCCCAGGCGGCGCGAGCCGGGCCCUGCUGUCGCUGCGCGCGGUCCGCGAGAUGCGCCUCAGCAACGGCAAGCUCUACUCGGCCGGCGCGGGCGGGGAUGCGGGCGGCGCGCACGGGGGCCCCCAGCGCCUCCUGGACGACCCGGGGCCGCCCGGCGGGGCCCGGCCCCCCGCGCCCACGCCCUGCACCCACGUGCGCGUCUGCCAGGAGUGUCGGCGCAUCCAGGCGCUGCGGGCGUCCGGGGCCGGCGCGCCCCCGCGUGGCCUAGGCGCCCCCGCCGAAGCCACCAGCCCGCCCCGGCCGCGGCCAGGCCCCGCAGGCCCCCGCGAGCUGGCCGAACACGAGUGACCACGGGCGGAGCCGGGCUGGCGGCGGGACUGACCGCAGGGACGGAGCCCGGGCCGCCCCCGCUUCCCCAGCGGGCGAGGGUCGGGACUUGUGCCCCGGUGCUCCGGACGCCGCGAUUUUGCCUUCGGCUCACGGUGUCGUCCGAGGCCCGGCUCCGGAGCCUUCCUGCGCCCCCUAGUGGACUUGCCAGAGGGUGCCGCGGACCCCGCACUGCGCCCCCGCCCCCCACUGCGGACAGGAGGAGCGCAGGAAUCGAGGACUCCGGGGGCCGGGGACUGCGGGGCCGUUCCGGAAGCGGAAAGCAGUCCGCGAGGAGAGCCCCAUCCUGGGACUGCUCAGGCUCCCCAAGACUUGACACAGCCCUCCCCACUUCUGGAGAACGGGAGGGCCUCUGGGCAUAUGGGUGUUCCCUGGCGCCCCUCAACUCUUCUCUUUCUCUCUUUUUUUUGGGGAGAAACCUCGGAAUUUCUAUGAGACACCCCCCAGGGAGGAGGUCAGUUGGGCCCCCGUCCCUCCCCCUGCCACACCCCAGGCCCUGUUGGAAUAAAAAAAAGAACAA